CUGUGUAGUCAUUUUGGACUUAAAAACAAGUAAAUGUAGUGAGUAAGCAUUUGAAUUCAACCAUGGACCCAGACUGCAGCAUAUGCAACGAGAAAGCCAACCAGCGUAUGCUGUUUGAAGAUUCAGAGAAGUAUAACAAAACUAAACGUCCCUUCUGUCUGCCAUACAUUCUACUGGCAAUCUGUUUCUUACUGAUCCUUGGACUAUUCAUAUAUGUCUUAUAUACGACACCAACUGCAUCUUCUCAGUUAGAACUCAAAAGCAAUCUUAGACUCUUGAAUGAUAAAGUAACUGAACACAUUAACAAUUCCAUGCAAACAGAAGAGCAAUUAGCCAACCACUCUGAUGAUAUUGGCAUGAUAAAAGACCAAGUUGAAGGGAUCAAAGUACAAACAGAAAUCCACAAAGAAAACAUAGUCACCCUUGGCACUUUGGAAAAAAAAGUUAAUGAAAUCAGCGAAGCACUUACAUCGUACAUGUCAGUUGUCAAUACAAUACGUCAUAAAGUUGCUAUCCUCUCUGGUCAAAUCAACAUGAACGGAACAUUUGCAGAAAAUACAUCUUGUGAAAUGGACUGGGAUCAUUUCGCUGGUAGCUGCUAUUACUUUUCCACUGAUUCAUCUGAUUGGGAAGAUGCUAGGACUAUGUGUAAGAACAAAGAGGCUGACCUUGUUGUAAUUACCACUACUUUAGAGCAGAGUUUCAUUCUCUCUGAGAUUAUUAAUAAGGGCAGUAGACGUUACUGGAUUGGUCUGCAUGACAUAAAAACAGAAUCUGCGUGGAAGUGGGUUGAUGGAACAAACUAUGAAACGGCAUUCAAGAACUGGUCUGACGGUGAACCGAAUGAUGCUAAUUAUAAUGAAGAUUGUGUUCAUACACAGCCUAACGGAAAAUGGAAUGAUGUACAUUGCACGUAUAACACGGAAAUGUAUGCCAUGUGUGAGAAAAAAAUAUAGGAUUCCUAAGUCCUCCAUGAAAAUAGCUCUGUGAAGGGCAGAGCUGAUGGGUGCCUGAUUAAGAGUUUGGUAAUAAACAGUUUGUUAACGGUUUAGCUGCUUGAAAUAAGCUGGUGUCUGGGACCUAUUCUCACAAUAACAUUAUUCCAAUGAAGUUGUUAUGGUGCCCAGAGUGUCAUUGAAGCCAGGUUUUAAGUCAAUAACAAUUUCUAAUUUCAGCACUACUACUGAUUGAAGUUAGAAAAUGUUAUCAAUCGGGCACCAAAGCUGGAUUAUAAUAUUAUUUUCUAUAUCUUUGUAAUUCAUCUCUCAAGGUCAUGUGGGACCUAUUUUGAUAUUACUGCUGACUUCUAAUUCUCUUCACUUCCCAGCCUGUAGCUUUAGGAGUUCUUAAAUACAAUGCAUAUAAUAUAUGAUACAUAUAUACCCCCAAUUACAACAUGCAGAUAUAAAUGCAUACAUGUUUUAAUGGGGUAUAUCUACUAGAUUGUUAUAUAUUUUUUCCAUUUGAGUGUUCCUUUAACUGUAGAGUCUGAUUAAUAACCCUUCACCACUUAUCAUUAGAUUCAUAAUAAAGUCUUCUAGUUACAUAGUG